UCUCAAUACACAAAAAAAUGGCUGAAAAUUUUCAAACCCUAACCUAUCUCUUCUUCUUUUUCUCAUAUAUCAUGACCUGUUCAAUAUCCGAAUCCAGGCCAUGGACAGGUAAUUAUAAGUUCCAACUCCCUAUUAUUUCAAAUCAACUUCGCUCCGAUCCUCAAACAAUCCAAUCAGCCGCGACGGAUUAUGGCAACAUUGUUCACCAAAAACCAUCCGCAGUACUUUUCCCAUCAUCAGUACAAGACAUAGCUGCCCUAAUCAGCAACAGUAAUAAACAAGACUCCAUUUAUAGGGCCGUGGCUGCUAAGGGCCGGGCCCACUCGGUCCGUGGACAGGCCAUGGCCCAACAAGGGGUGGUGGUGGACAUGAUGGAGUUGAAGAAGAGUAGAAAUGGGCAGGGAGUGGUGGUCUCCGGUAAUGCCAAUUCGGGCUUUUACGCGGACGUUGGGGGUGAACAACUAUGGCUUGAUGUGUUAAGCGAGACAAACAAACGUGGUUUUUCUCCGGUUUCGUGGACGGAUUAUCUUAACAUUACCGUCGGUGGGACCCUGUCUAAUGCCGGAAUUAGUGGCCAAACGCACCGUUUUGGGCCUCAAAUCAGCAAUGUUUUUGAGAUGGAUGUAAUUACUGGUAAAGGAGAGUUCGUAACUUGCUCCGCAAAAAAUAAUCCAGAGCUGUUCUAUGCUGUGUUAGGAGGGUUAGGCCAAUUCGGAAUUAUAACCAGAGCCAGAAUUCCCUUGCAACCGGCACCAAACAGGGCCAAGUGGGUGCGGUUGCUUUACAGUGAUUUUGCUGCAUUUACAAAGGACCAAGAACAGUUGAUUUCAAUCAACGGUGGAGUCAAUUACUUGGAAGGUUCACUUCUACUGGACCAGGGUCCUCCAGAUCCCACUUUUUUUUCACCCUCUGAUAUUCCCAGAAUCUCAGCGCUGGUGAAGCAGAACCGUAUAAUCUACAGUAUUGAACUAGCCAUGUAUUAUGAUGAUCGUACCAAAGCCACCGUCCAGGAGGAACUACAAGCAUUGUUGAAAGGUUUAAGCUUCAUUCCAGGAUUUAAUUUUGAAAAGGACGUUUCCUACGUCGAGUUCAUCGGUCGAGUUCAAAUUGGAGAUCAAAACCUUAAUGAAGCUCAUCCAUGGCUUAAUCUCUUCAUACCGAAAUCUCGAGUUUUGGAUUUUGAUGCCGGAGUUUUCAAAGAAAUUGUUCUCAAAAGUAACCUUACUCAGGGACUCGUUCUUUUGUAUCCCAUGAACAAAAGCAAAUGGGAUGAUAGAAUGUCUGCAAUGACACCGGAUGAAGAAAUUUUUUACACAGUAGGUUUUCUGCAUACAAGUGGGGUGGGUGAUUGGCAAGCUUUUGAUGACCUAAAUAAGGAGAUAUUGGAGUUCUGUGAUGGAGCUGGCAUUAAGGUUAAGCAGUAUCUUCCUAACCACGCAACAAAACAAGAGUGGAUCGACCAUUUUGGACCAAAAUGGGGAGUUUUUCAAGAGAGGAAAACUAGUUUUGAUCCAAGAAUGAUAUUAUCGCCAGGACAAAGAAUUUUCAACAACAAUUAA